GUCAAAACGGUCUUGCAUAUGAAUGAUGUAAAUGUUAUUUUUCUGUAAUAUGUUAGGGUUGAGUGUGAGAAAGACAAUACGUCUUUUCUCGAGCUCUUCUUUUCACCGCUUGGCGUGCAAAAUGAGUACAAGCGAUCAAAUAAAGAGGGUCUCGAUCGAAGGAAACAUUGCGGUCGGAAAGUCAACAUUUGCCAGGCUGUUACAGAAAACAGAACAGGACUGGGAAGUGAUAGCAGAGCCCAUCAGCAAAUGGCAAAAUGUGGACCAAACCAACCAGACCGAACACUGUCCUCCGCAGUCAACCAGUAACCUGUUACAGAUGAUGUAUCAUGAUCCAAAGCGCUGGUCCUACACGUUCCAGACCUUCUCCUGCAUGAGUCGCAUGCGCUCGCAUCUUCAGCCGGUGUCUGCCGGGUCACGUCAGUCCUCGGGCUCGCCGGUGCGUGUGUACGAGCGCUCGGUCUACAGUGACAGGUACAUCUUUGCUUUAAAUAUGUUUGAGCUCGGCUGUAUAAACUCAACAGAGUGGGCUGUGUAUCAAGAUUGGCACUCGUUUCUGGUGGAGCAGUUUGGUCAUCGAGUUCAACUGGAAGGCAUCAUAUAUCUCCGAGCAUCUCCACAGACCUGCAUGGAGAGGCUAGGCAGAAGAGGUCGAGUGGAGGAACAGGGAAUUCAGCUCGACUAUCUCGAGAAACUGCACACACGACAUGAAGACUGGCUCAUCGACAAGACGACAAAGGUUCAUUUCGAGCACCUGGCGAAGGUGCCUGUGCUGGUUAUAGAUGCGGAAGUGGAGUUCGAGAAGGACCCGGAAGUGCAGGACAAUCUCUUAACAAAGAUUAGACAUUUUUUCAGUGAUUUAUAAACGGCAUCGUGGGACCGAAGCCCAAGGAUCGUUUUAUAUGGACCAUUUCUCUGUAGGACA